AUGUACGUUCUCAAGGCCUUUGUCAUAUCUUUGAGUGCAGUCAAGGCAUUUGCGGCCACCUCUACUACGGAUGCCGCCGCGAGCUCCAUCACUGGAUGUCAUACUCACGGGUCAGAAAUAUUCUGCUUUGAUAAUGAUGGACACGAGGUUCUGGUGUCGGCAACUACAACACCCACGAGUGGAACACCGGCGCAGUACACUGGCUGUCAUUCUCAUGGAAACGAGUCAUAUUGCAUGGAUCAAGACGGAAAUGAUGUCUUGGUACAAGAGCAAGAGACUGAUGAUGAAGAAUCAGACGAACACGACCAUAACCAUGAAGAGUCUGAAGAAUCCGAGUCGACAGAGAAAACUAACUGCCAUUUCCAUGCUGGUGUAGAGCAUUGUGUCAGCGCAGGGGAGUCCGAGGAGAGUAGCCAUCAGUCCUGUGGCAUUCAAACAAGAGACUACAAUGUACCCCUAAGGAUUGGAACACUAUUCGUUGUUCUCAUCACCAGUGCGAUCGGUGUCUUCGCCCCUAUUAUUUUGUCUAAGCUUCCAUUUGCAUCCAUGAAUUCCGUGGUAUCAACGAUCCUAAAACAAUUCGGCACGGGCAUCAUUAUCGCGACAGCAUUUGUUCAUCUAUACACACAUGCCUCUCUUAUGUUCACUAAUGAAUGUCUGGGCGAACUGGAUUACGAAGCAACUACUUCUGCGGUGGUCAUGGCUGGUAUAUUUCUGGCAUUCUUGUUUGAAUAUAUCGGCCACCGAGUUACCACUGCAAGGGCCGCAAAAGCAGGCACAUCACCUUCGGAGCCUUCAAGCUCCCAAGAAUCUUCUCGCAAAGAGGAUGUCCCACCUCACCAGCAGGUGACACUAGCACAUGUUGGGCAUACCCAUGGGCCACCUCUCGAUCUGACCAAACCGAUCACAAAAUUUUCGGUACUUGUGAUGGAAGCUGGGAUACUGUUUCACAGUAUCCUAAUUGGUCUCACGCUAGUCGUUGCUGGAGACUCUUUCUAUAAAACUCUUCUGGUGGUUAUUGUUUUUCAUCAAUUCUUCGAGGGUCUAGCGCUUGGGGCUCGCAUUGCGAUGCUCCCGGGGGCAAUCUUUCCUUCGAAAGCCAUUAUGGCCGGAGUGUUUGCCAUUAUCACUCCUAUCGGGAUGGCCAUCGGCCUGGGCGUACUGCACUCUUUCAACGGGAACGAGAAGAGCACCCUAAUUGCGCUCGGAACAUUAGAUGCCCUUUCUGCUGGUAUUCUUGUGUGGGUAGGCGUUGUAGAUAUGUGGGCUCGAGACUGGGUGAUCGAAGGAGGUGAAAUGUUCAAUGCACCUCUGACGAGAGUGCUAACAGGUGGAUUGGCUUUGGUGACUGGGCUCGUUCUGAUGGGGCUGUUAGGUAAAUGGGCUUAA